AGAAUAAAACACUGAAAUUAUUUAACAGAGAAGCAGCAGAAGCAGAAGGAGAAGGAGAUGGCCAUGGAUGGAAGCACCAACCCUGAGGACUUCGUGGUGGGCUGCGUGCUCUCCAUCAAGACCACCUUAGGCGACGAGUUUGAAGGCCAGGUCAUCGCCUUCGACCGCUACUCCAACAUCCUCGUCCUUCAAGAGGGCUCGAAGCAGGGACCUCGCAGGAACAUAAGGCUGUUGAAGGCCACCUAUAUAAAGGAGUUUUCUUUAUUGAGCCAAGCAGAAGACCCACUUGAUAUUAAAAAGUGUUAUCUUGAUCUUAAUAGUCUGCAAGCCAGAGAAGAUUUGGCCAUUAGACAAGCAGAGGCAGAGGCUGAGAGGAUAGGUGUGGGUGUCACCAGCGAGGCCCAGAACCUUUUCGACGCCUUGUCCAAAACGCUUCCAGUGCGCUGGGACAAGACUGCCAUAGUGGUCAUGAAUGAGGUGCGUGUUAGCAGUCCAUAUCUCCCUGAAUGUGUUAGUGGAGGAACUCCUGCUGCCAAUGACCGGGUGAAGAAAGUGCUUGAGUUUGAAAAGAAGAGGCUGCAAUCACGUGGACCAGGUCAGUGAUAGGUAUGGGAGCUUGGAAAAGUGGACCAGGUCAGUGAUAGGUAUGGGAGCUUGGAAAAGUGCCCUGUGGGAUGAAGCACGAGGGGUACGUUACUUGUAACAGCCUUGUGAGAGAAACCUGUAAUCUAUUUCUCCUGACAUUUUGAUGCUGAUUCAUCAAGGACUUGCAUAUUUUUCGUCUGUAGUUAUUCUUUCAUUUUGCCA